GCAAAACAAAAUUGUAAACAAAGCUUACUCAUCGCGCGAAACGACAGCACCAAAACAACACAACGAGAGGGCGUAAAAGCGCUAAUCCUCCCCAAGGUUUUGAUAAUUCCUCCUAACAGGGAUUCGAUCGCUGGUCUUGGCGCACGAGUUUUCGAUUUGGCAGAACAGCAGAGAGAACAAAACCCCUCCACGCUGGUGUUUUGCGUUGGGCAUUUCUGGCGCGUCCGACGGUUGCCGCCCGUGCGAUGGUCGGCAUGAGCAGCUUCGGGCUCAACGCGUCCACGCUGGAGAGCAUUGUCGGGGGGAGCCGGGCCGCCGUGGGCACGGACCAGGAGCCCGAGCGCAACCACGAGCGGCAGGCCCUGCUGAACGAGCUGCUUGCGACGGUGCGCCAGUGUCAGCAGCAGUACGGUGGCCACGCGAAGCUCGCGACCGAGGACGACCCGCUGAUCGGCACGCUGUGCGACGUGUGGGAGCGGGUGCUGUCGCACGGGCUGCGCACGGCCGCCUGGAUGCCGUUCAACAUCCUCGAGUACUUCGGGCCGCCGGAGGGCGGCCGGCCCGCGGUCGAGCGGCCCUGCUUCUGGGACUUUGCCUCGAACCAUCUGACGCGGGACGAGCGCGAACGGUUCUGCGCCCUGCAGCAGGUGGUGACGCGGCGCGGCCGGGCCCGGGCCCUGCUGCGCGCCUUUCUCAACGAGCGCGCGCUCGAGCGGUACGUGCUCGUGUGGCUCGGCGACGGCGAGCUGCUCAACACACACUACGAACCGUGGGCAAUGCUGCGGCACGGCGAGUGCCAAACGGUGCUGCCGAACGUGGCCGCCGGCCUCGGCACCGUCCUGUUCGCGAUCGUGAUCGAUCGGAGCGAGCUCAACCGGCCCGUCACGGGGCUGGCCGGGCAAGAGCAGAAGCCGGAACCAAUCAUCGUCACCCGCCGGCCCGUCGGCCCGGUGCGCAAGGUGAAUGCGGUGCAGCGGGAAAUAUUGGACGAUGCGGUGCCGCGCCAGCUAACUCCACCGAGCACCAGCAGCAGCAGGCGGACGCCACUGGAAGGCACGGACGCUACUGCGGGUGGUGCCGCGCCACCGGAAGAAGUGCCAUACACGGUGACGGAAGCGCUCGGCGGCUGGGGCGCGGGGGAAGCGGAUGGGCCGGACCCGGGUGCCGGUGCAUCGCCGGCCGGGACGGUCGAUGUGGCGGAGGACAGCAUGCUUAACUACUCGUCGGCCAGCGCCACCACCAGCUCCCGCUCGACCACGGGCAGUUCGCUAAGCGGGGAGGGACGGGGCACGGAGGAGGACACGGGCUCGGAGGUGACGUACCGGCACCGAACCCGUUCCGGCUCGCCGGCGCCGGUGCUGCGGCCAGAGCCCGAACUGCCCUCCACCCCUGCACCCUCGGGGCGGCCCUACGAGAAGCUGCUGCGAAGAAAUCAAGAGCUGGAGGAGCGCUGCCAUCUGCUGGAGUCGCGCGUCGCCGCACUUAGUCUCGAAAACUACCGCUUGCGUGCGCUCACGCGCUCCAACCGGCUGUCGGUGGCGUUCUUCAGCUUCAGCAUUCCGAAAGCGAUACAGCGGGCGGGGGACGGUGGACGGUCGCGCCGCCCCUACCACGUGUACGAGAUCCGCAUCACCCCGUCCGGCGUGAGCGGCUCGACGGCCGGCAACGAGAGCUGGUGCGUGUACCGGCGCUACAACGAGUUCUACCGGUUGCAUCGCCGCCUGCAGAAGCAGUACCCGACGGUCAAGAAGCUCGAUUUUCCGCCGAAGAAAAAGUUUGGCAAUCUGAAUGCCGAUCUCGUGGAGCAGCGGCGCCAGCGGCUACAGGUGUACUUGAACGGGCUGUUCGUGUCGACCUUGCCGGAGGUACUGUCCUGCAGCACGCGCCUCCAGCUCGAGCAAACAUUUCCAUUUCUGAGCGACCAAACGCCUGCCGGGCCGGCCACCCCGGGCGGAGCGGCGUGAGCAGGUCCCCGGACCUUACCCUCUGUUCGCUCGCCCUGCGAGCGUCACACGGUACCGCGAGCAUGUGAUGCAUUCAAAACGAGUUUAUUAAGUUCCGUUUUUGGUCGAAUGAAAGUUUAAGUAUUAAGCAAUACCCCUUAAGAUUACUCCCAGGCGCGUGGUUUUGUGAAACUACGUCUUACUAGCGGCCGUAGCUUGUGGCCCGUUUUGCGUGAGAGCUAGUGGAAAAAGCGCAACCAAAGGGAGUUGGUUAUUUUGUGCAAUACGCAACACAACCAAUACGAUACUCUCACCCGAUCGACGAAGGUGGAACGUUCAUCGGCCAGUGCUACAGUGCGAGAGAAGGAAGACGCCCGGCGCGGUCGUUGAUAAGCUUAAUAAUCGGAGAACAGUGUAUGCAGCAGUCUUCUCGAACCCAUGACGAUUCCAAAAAAACAACACUGUAUCGAAUGAAUUGUAAACAACUUCAACGAUGAAGCAAAAAACUGAGUAUUUGCACCCAAUGCGUAGGGAGUAAAACAAAAAAACAAAAAAUGCAACGAUCUUGUUGUGAGAGUAGAAAUUGUAGCAAAACAGAAAGAAAACGCGAUAGCAUUGGCGUCGGAAAAGUGGCGAUUGUAUCGUUUCGAAUUAGCAGACAUUGCCGUAACACAUUAACUUAAAUCUAAGGGAUGAUUUAACCAAGUAAACACAGCAAAGUACUCAUUCGUGGCUGGAAUAGGAAAGAAUAAGAAGGAAGGCGGCGUACUCACGUGUUCGGUUGGACAGUUUUGUUUGUGCUGGGUAAACGUUAAACGGGAAAUAACUAGGAAGCCGUGUGCUUUUGUUUUCUGUUUUUUUUUGUAAUAUGGUUAU